AUCGAUUACAGAACCAAAAUGGCUGAUCAAGAUGACGAUUUGUAAGUUAUGGAUGUAUUUAUUGGGUUUGGAAUUAUUAUUGACCUUAUUUUCCGUUUUUCAGAAAGCUUUCUGCUAGUACUUUAGCUGCAUUGUUAGAAUUUUCUAAAGAAGAGGAACAACGUCAAGAAGAAUUUGAAAGACUUCAAAAAGUUGCUCAAGACAAGUAUGAAGAGACACAAAUGAAUAAAGUUUUGGAGGAGAAAGGUAUGGAACUAUUCCAAGAAGACUGGGGUCUUUCACAGUUUUGGUACUCUGAUGAUACUGCUAAUUUGUUAGCUGAUGAAUUACUCGAGGGUGCCGAUGAAGACACUGUUGUUUGUGUUGUAAGUGCUCCUUCAGUAUAUGCUGCUAUCAAAAAGAGAGACCCAUCCACACUUCCAACUAAAAACAUCUACUUGUUUGAAUAUGAUAAAAGAUUCAAAGUUCUAGACCCUCAACGUUUUGGAUUUUAUGAUUACAACAACCCACUAGAUAUUCUCCCAGAAAUUAAAGGAAAAGUACACCGUCUGUUGAUUGAUCCCCCAUUCUUACAAGAUGAUUGUCAAACUAAAUCUGCACAAACUGCUCAUGCUUUACUACAUCCUGAUAGAUCAUUGAAGACCAAAACAGGAGAGUUACAAUACCGUUUGCUUUCAUGUACAGGUGAAAGAAUGAAGGAUAUUAUCCGUAAGAAUUACCCAGAUGCAAGACCAACCACUUUCAUCCCAGAACAUGCCAAUGGGUUAAGUAAUGAAUUCUUUUGUUAUGCAUCAUAUGAAGGUAAAAACUGGAAAUUUUUACCAGAAACAAACUAAUACCAGCACUUUGAUUAAUAGACAAGACUAGAAACAGC